AACAUAUCUUUACUCACUUUACCUCCAUUGUCCUUUAGAGAUUAGAAUAGCGUAACAAGAAAUCAACCAAACCCGAUUUAAUUUUAAUUUUUUUUAGAAGAUCUGUACAUUAAACUUGUCAUAUAAAAAUUAGUUAACAGAUAAACUAAUUUUUAAUACGAGUAUAUAUUAUAAAUAAAUCAAAUUGAUACAACACUAAACACGAAUAUAUAUUAAAAAAAAAAAAGCACGAAUAUAUAUGACUGGUACACCAUAUUAGACAUGACUAGCGUCUAGCAAUCAUGUAGGGAAACUAAAAAUACUUGUUAUGUUCUGAUGUAACUUGAGCAAAAAAAACGUAGAGAACUAGGGAAGUGGAGUAGUUGUCAUUAAGUAGUCACUUUAUCUCUAAUUUAAUAUAAUUCGUGAAUUAAGAAAAACAUUAAAUUCCCAAAGCAUUAGACCCCUCUAGACCCAAUUACAAAACGCAUGUCAAUCCCCCUAUAAAAAUAAAAUGCAUGCAUGUAAAUCAAAACAACAAAAACCAAUUUCAAUUGAUCCAAAACAAAAAAAAAAUCCAACAUAAAAUCUUUGUUCUUAGAAUGUAAUCUUACGUUACAAAAUAAAAUCGAAGUGUUUUUUAUUAGUAGUGUCUCUCCUUCGUUCUAAAUGGAAGAACAUCAACACCACGACGAUCACCACGACGACGAUCGCGACGAGGCGGAGAAGAGAUCAGGAGUAGGGGGGUCAAGAUGGAAUCCAACAAAGGAGCAAAUUGAGAUGUUAGAGAAGGUUUAUAGCGUUGAGGGUAUACGAACACCUACUGCAGAGCAGAUACAGGAGAUUACUGCUCGUCUUAGAGUGUACGGUCAUAUUGAAGGCAAGAAUGUUUUUUACUGGUUUCAAAAUCAUAAGGCUCGCCAACGUCAGAAGCAAAGGCAUGAACGCUGUUUACUAACCACUGCUGCCGCGAGUUCCUCUGCUAAUCAAAUUCAUCUUUCGCCUCAUCAGCACUGUCAUUAUCCUGGGAUUAUUAAUCAUAAUUUUCAACCUCGGCCUGUUUUUGCUACUCCUCAUCAUCAUCAUCAUCAUCCUGCUAAUUACUCUCAUCAGUAUCUUCCUAAUCCUAAUGGUAUGCAUCUUUAUUUUGUUACCUUUUUAUUUAUUUUUUGCUUCGUACUUUAGUGUUUUCAAUUCAAAUUUUCCUAAUUUCUGUACGUGACCAUGUAUAAGUUACUGUAACAAAUUAACAAUAUAACCCU